CUUAGAUUCUUAUGUCUUCCAUCAUUUAUUCAGUGAAAUCAGGGUUCUGCACUUUCAUUAACCUUUUGUCAUUGCAAAGAAGAGCUAACUUUUUUCUUUUCCUUUGUUGGCACUCACUGUUGGAACAGCAAAUUGUUCAGCUUGAUCUUUCAUUUUCAUGGGCAUUUGGUGUGAAGUGGUCACCAAGUGGCAAUACGUUGGCUUAUGUUGGUAAUAAUUCUAUGAUUUACUUUGUUGAUGAUGUUGGUCCUUCUCCUUUGGUCCAGAAUGUUGCAUUCUGUAAUUUGCCUCUUCGUGAUAUGGGUCAGCAUCCACUCUUGUUAACUGUUUUUGCUCCCCUUUAUUUUGGGCCUGAAUAAUAAGCAUCAUUUUUUAUGCUGAAUU